GUGUUCUCUCGUUACAAACAUUGUCGAGUUUGUACGCAAACAGUAAACAUGUACAAGUCUGUACUUUUGUUCUGCGCUCUGGGGCUCACGAUCGAGUCCAUUGCUGGAGCAUGCAUUGGAGCCGGAUUGGGUGUCGGACCCUUGGGUGUUGCUGGACCUCUCGGCCUUGCUGAACCUUUUGGUUUCGGCGGACCUUUGGAUUUUGCUGGUCCCCUAGGUCUCGCUGAACCUUGUGGUCUUGGUGCUCCUUAUGGAGCAUACGGUGCUUACGGUCUCGGCUACGGCAUCGACAACUAUGCUGGACCUUUCCGCGCUGGUUUGGGAUACGGAGUUCUCAUCUAAACUAACGUCUUACAUUUCUGACUUCCAAUCCUUUCCAAUGUGAUAACUAUUUUGAUUGGAUGAGUUUAACAUUAUCAAAUAUAAAUGACAUCAUACCUAUGUAGGUAUUAUGUCAUUUAUAUUGUACAUAUGUAUGUAUCUUUAAUAAAAAAAUAUUUAUAU